CCUGCGCGAACCCCGGAGCACUUCCGCCCUGUCGUGAAGUGGGUGUCUCGAGCCUUGGGGAGCAUUGCCUCUCCUAGGAGCCCCUUGAAGGACACGCCUUAGAUGCAGGACAACGUUGAACAAGGACAGCCCAGCUGAAGCGAGGUGUCCAGGACCGACUAUGGCUGUAGCCCUGGAACCCCAGGCCCAGGCCUCUCCUCGACCAGAACCUGAAGAACUCCCGAUUGUGAAACGGGAGGAGGACUCGUGGAGAUCAGAAUCCAAACUCCGAGAGGAGGACCAUCACCCUGUCCCUGGCCCCGAGGCCUCCCGCCAGCGCUUCAGGCAGUUCCAGUACAGGGAUGCAGCUGGACCCCACGAGGCCUUCAGCCAGCUCUGGGCACUCUGCUGUCACUGGCUGCGGCCAGAGAUCCGCCUCAAAGAGCAGAUCCUGGAGCUCCUGGUCCUGGAGCAGUUCCUGACUAUCUUACCCAGGGAGAUCCAGACCUGGGUGCAAGCGCGCCAUCCUGAGAGUGGUGAGGAGGCAGUGGCCCUGGUGGAAGAUUGGCACCGAGAGGUCCGGGCUGCAGGACAGAGGGAACUGGGCUUGUGUGCAGAAGAGACCAGGUCCUUAAAGGCAAUGCAGGAAUCUCAGCCUUGCCAGCUGCAGCCAGCAAAUCACUGGCCUGAGGCCCAGGGCCAGAAGCAGUGGGUGAAGAAUUCAUGCCCUGACCUUCCAAAACAUCUAGACACCAAGAUGGUGCCACAGCCCUUGAAAGAGAGUGCUGUUCUCACUCCCCGAGUCCCUACUCUCCCAAAGAUGGGGAGUGUUGGAGAUUGGGAGGUGACAGCGGAGUCCCAGGUAAGCUGCGGUUUGUCCAUUCUUUCCUGUCCUGGUUUCUGGGCUCUUACCCCCAUGCCCUUCUCCUCUCUCUGUAACCUGCCCUCAGCAGAAGGGCAUAUGUCACAGGGCGUCAGCCUCUGGCCCUGGUUCCCAAUCUACUGGGCCUUUUCCGUCAUGUUGCUUCUUAUGACACUGGCCUCACACAUGGUAUCCCUGUGUCCGUUACCUUUCCUGGGGCCUGGCAGAGUUCCCAGGCUGUUUUCAGUUGUGGUCCUUGUCUUGUACAUCUCACAGGAAGCCCUGGGACCUGGCAAACAUGCUGAGAAGGAAUUCUGCAAGGAUCCCCCAGGAGAUGGGUGUGGGAACGGCAUGCCCCUAGGAGUUCCAGUUUCAAAACCAAGUAUCAACUGCCAGCCAGAGCAAGGACCAGAAUUUUGGCAUCCAAACUUUAUAAACUCUGGAAAAAGGAACACUGUAGAUUACAACCUGGGUAAUGAGCAAAUGAGACCAGCUCAGGCAUUGGCCUGGAGAGACUCCAAGGCCUGGGAGGAACAAUGUCAGUGGGACGCAGAGGACAUGAAGGUGUCAGGUGUGCACUGGGGCUACGAGGAGACCAAGACUUUUCUAGCAAUUCUGAGUGAGUCUCCUUUCUCUGAAAAGCUCCGGACUUGUCAUCAGAACCGCCAGGUGUACCGGGCCAUUGCAGAGCGGCUGAGGGCCCGGGGCUUCCUGCGGACACUGGAGCAGUGUCGCUACAGGGUCAAAAAUCUCCUACGGAAUUACCGGAAAGCCAAGAGCAGCCACCCACCAGGAACGUGCCCCUUCUACGAGGAGCUGGAGGCCCUGGUGAGGGCUCGGACAGCUAACAGAGCCAUAGAGGGCCCAGGAGAGGCCAUGGCACUCCCCAGGCUGGGGGAUAGCGAUGCAGAGAUGGAUGAGCAGGAGGAAGGGGUCUGGGAGCCUGAAGAAGUAGCAGAAGACUGUAAUGGUGAUGAGCUGGCCACUGACGAGUCCGUCCAGGAGCCCAGGAUUCCAGGGGGCCCAACUCUGUUCCAGAGUCGUAUCGCAGGUGUGCACUGGGGCUACGAGGAGACCAAGGCCUUCCUGACCAUUCUCAGUGAAUCCCCGUUCUCUGAAAAGCUUCGCACCUGUCACCAGAACAGCCAGGUAUACCGUGCCAUUGCAGAGCGGCUGUGCGCACAGGGCUUCCUGCGGACGCUGGAGCAGUGUCGCUACAGAUUCAAAAACCUCCUUCGAAGCUACCGGAAAGCCAAGAGCAGCCACCCACCAGGGACAUGCCCCUUCUAUGAGGAGCUGGACUCACUGAUGAGAGCACGGACUGCGGUCAGAGCCAUGGGAACCCUCAGGGAGGCAGCAGGUCUUCCAAGGCCUGGGCAGAGCAGUACUGAGGCUGAUGACCAGCAGGCUUGGGAUGAGAUGGCAGAUGAAGAUGCCAUCAAAUCUCCAGCCCCAUGUCCUCAAACCCCAGACACUGGGUUUGAGAUGAGGCAUAAGGGUGAAGACCAGAUUUCAGAGCAGGACAUCUUUGAGGAUUUGCCUGGAGCCUUAUCAAAAUGUACUAGAGAGGAUGUUUGCCACCCUUAUGACUGGGGGCAAGACAGUGAUGGUGAAGGUGAAGGGCAGUGGGGAAACUGCCCCCAGGAGCAGUGGGAAGAAUGUUCUUCUGAAGAGGACUUAGAAAAACUUAUCGACCAUCAGGGCCUGUACUUGGCAGAGAAACCCUACAAGUGUGAUACAUGUGUGAAAAGCUUCAGUAGGAGCUCCCACUUCAUCGCCCACCAGCGGAUUCACACAGGUGAGAAGCCCUACAAAUGCCUCGAAUGUGGAAAAAGCUUUAGUGACCGCUCCAAUCUUAAUACCCAUCAGAGAAUCCACACUGGAGAGAAGCCCUACAAAUGCCUUGAAUGUGGGAAAAGCUUUAGUGAUCACUCCAAUCUUGUCACCCACCAGAGAAUCCACACAGGGGAAAAACCCUACAAAUGUGGGGAAUGUUGGAAAAGUUUCAACCAGAGCUCAAACUUACUGAAACAUCAGAGAGUCCACUUGGGAGGCAAUCCUGACCAUUGUAGUGAGCCUGGGGCAAACUUUGGUCCAAGCCCAUCCUUUAGUGCUCACUGGAGGAACUCUACAGAAGAGCCAUCUCUUGAACAACUUCAUAGUGCUAGUAAGAACUUGAAUUCUGGCCCACACAGUACCAACUCAGGGGAAAAGCUUUAUCAGUGUUCUGAAUGUGGAAGGACCUUUUCUAAGAGCUCUGCCCUCAUUAGUCACCAAAGAAUCCAUACGGGAGAGAAACCAUACGAAUGUGCUGAAUGUGGGAAAAGCUUCAGUAAGAGCUCCACACUGGCUAACCACCAACGAACCCACACGGGGGAGAAACCGUACAAGUGUGUGGACUGUGGGAAGUGCUUCAGUGAGCGCUCUAAGCUCAUCACACACCAGAGAGUGCACACAGGAGAGAAGCCCUACAAAUGCCUUGAGUGUGGAAAGUUCUUUCGUGAUCGUUCCAACCUCAUUACUCACCAGCGGAUUCAUACGGGAGAGAAGCCUUAUAAGUGCAGAGAAUGUGGGAAAUGUUUUAACCAGAGCUCUAGUCUUAUUAUUCACCAGAGAAUCCACACUGGGGAGAAACCCUACAAGUGCAUGGAGUGUGGGAGAGACUUCAACAAUAGUUCCCACUUCAGCGCCCACCGGAGAACGCAUGCAGGGGGGAAAGCAGCGUAGGAGACACCCUUCCCCCAGCAAAAGAGAUAAAUGUAUAUUUAAAUCUCCUGAGAUCAUAAGAUGUGUGCUAGAAGCUUACCCAAUGUUUAGGCUUGGUAUGUACCCAGGGAAGUUAGCUUGGUAUAAUCCAGAUUAAUUGGAAGUGAAUUACAAAUGCUAAGGAGCCAGAUUUGAAGGCACUUUUCUUUCUUUUUUUUUUUUUAAUUUAAUUUUUUUUAUUUUUAAUUUAAAUUCAGUUUAGUUAACAUAUACCAUAUUAUUUGCUUCAGGGGUGGAAUUUAGUGAUUCAUCAGUUGUAGAUAACACCUAGUGCUCAUUACAUCACAUUCCCCCCUUAAUGCCCAUCACCCAGUUACCCCAUCCCCCCCCCACCCCUCCAGAAACCCUUAGUUUGUUUCCUAUGGUUAAGGGUCCCUUAUAGUUAUGGUUUGAAGGCACUUUUCUUAAAUGUAAUUUGUUUUUCUCCUAUAAAAAUCCCGGUCCUUGGGCUCUCUUUACAUUUGCUGCCAUGUGAGGACUUUAUCUGUUUGAGCCAGACUGAUAACAUAGGUGGUUUAGGGGUAAAUCAGUGGUCCUGAGCAGUGAUUCCAGACCUCACAGGGCCUUUACACUGUCCAUAGGUAUACAUGGUCCGUUGGCACAUAUCAGCAAAUUAUCAUACAUGGUGGGUGGGGUGUAUCCAUACUGAAGAAUUUUGAGACUGGUUAGAGAGGGCAUAAUUGGGAAUCAGUGGCCGGAAGCAGACCACCAUGACCUUAGCAAAGAGGAGGAACAUUAGCGAUGUCAUUACAAAAUAAUUAUUAGGGCAGCCCGGGUGGCUCAGCGGUUUAGCACCACCUUCAGCCCAGAGCAUGAUCCUGGAGACCCGGGAUCGAGUCCCACGUGGGGCUCCCUGCAUGGAGCCUGCUUCUCCCUCUGCCUGUGUCUCUGCCUCUCUCUCUCUCUCUCUCUCUGUGUGUUUUCAUGAGUAAAUAAAUAAAAUCUUAAAAAAAGAA